AUGUAUCCAAAUCCCAUGCAACAAUCUCAGCAAUCGCCAUUAAUGCAACGGCCAACGAUGAUGAUCAAUCAAUCGGCUGUACCACAACAAAAUCCUGCUGUUGGUGUUCCAACAAUGAGACCAAUGGUUGCCUCAUCGCCGAUGCAAGCAUCAAUGCUUCAGCAAUCACCUCAACCACAGAUGAUGGUACGCCCCGUAGGCAGUCCUUACGGAGUUGUGAAUCGUACACCAAUGUACGAUAAAAACAAACGUUCUGUUUAUUCCAAUGAUAUUCGCCAACAGCCGAUGGUUCCACCAGGACAACAGCCUGGUAUGAGUUAUGGAAAUGUAAUGGCUCCAAAUCAAUCAAUGAUGCACAAUACAAUACCACCGAAUGCUGGUGGAGGUCCAAUUCGACAGAAGAAACGAAAGCGUCUAACAGAAAAAAUAAUUCACAAACAAAUUCGUUCACUUGUACCUGAAUCACAAGCAUAUAUUGAAUUAUUACGCCUGGAACAAAAAUUGGAUUCUGUUUUAAUGCGCAAACGUCUAGAUAUUCAAGAAACACUGAAACGACCUCAAAAAAUAAAAAAGAAACUACGUAUCUUUAUCAGCCAUCAAUAUCCCGUUCGUUUCGAUACCGAUACAACGGGGAUUGAUGAUGAGCAGGUGCAAUAUUGGGAAAUGCGUGUAGAAGGUCGUCUACUUGAUGAUCCGAAUACAAAUAAAUACGAUCAAGGAAAAGCCAAACGUAAAUUCUCCUCAUUUUUUCGUAGUCUAGUCAUCGAGUUAGAUAAAGAUCUGUAUGGACCUGAUAAUCAUCUUGUUGAAUGGCAUCGUACGAAUGCAACAGCUGAGACCGAUGGUUUUCAAGUCCGUCGACCGGGUGAUCAAAAUGUGAAAUGCACUAUUUUAAUGGUUCUUGAUCAUUCACCACCACAAUUUCGACUUGAAUCUCGUCUAGCUCGUUUACUUUCAUUGACGAAUGGUACACGGCAAACAAUUAUCCAUGCCGUGUGGCAAUAUAUUAAAACGCAUAAAUUACAAGAUUCUGAAGAACGUGAAUUCAUCAAUUGUGAUUCUCAUUUACAAGCAAUAUUCGACUGUACUCGUCUUCGUUUUUCUGAACUUCCAGCUAAACUCAAUAAAUUCAUUCUCCCAUCUGAACCUAUUAUCAUUAAUCACACAUUGUGUCUUGGAACAGAUCCAAAGAAACAUGCUUGUUACGAUAUAGACGUUGAAAUUGAUGAUCCCGUACGCGAUUCGAUGCGUACGUUUCUAGGACCUCAAAGUACAAGUGAAUUAGAAGAAUUAGAUGGCAAAAUUUUACAAUAUAUUGAUAGCAUAAAUCAAUUGAAACAAAGUCGUGAAUUUUAUCUCUCAUUUGCUGAUGAUCCUCAAGGUUUUAUUUGUAAAUGGUUGGCGUCCCAAUCGCGUGACUUGAAGGUGAUCACUGAUUCAACGACAGGAAAUGCUGAAGAAGAGCGACGGGCUGAUUAUUAUACAGAACAAUGGUCUUAUGAAGCUGUUAGUCGAUAUUUUUACAAUAAAGUUCAACAAAAACGAGUUGAACUAGAACAAGCACUUGGUAUUCGCAAUGCUUAA